CGCCCUGUCGGCCGCCCAUCAUUAUAUUUGUAAACAAAUUGAAUCAAACCUAUUCGCAGCUUACUCGGGCUUCUCACGGCUUGUCUGCAGAUGAUAAUUGUCCGCAAGCGCUAACGGGAUUAUCCGGGAUAACUUACGGUAAUAUGGGCGGGACGGGUCAGACACGGUUGGUGCAUCGAUACGUUGAAACCUUGUAAUUGUGUGCUUGUGAAAUAGUGUUAAGAUGGAGAUCUGAAGCCCGGCGAGCAACGGUGUUGGCUGUUCUGGUCUCGGAGGCUGAAGAUGAGCACAGCAUUGAAUCGGCAGCAUGACUCCAGAUGUGGCGGAUCCCCAAGAGUCAGAGCCACUAAACAUAGAGUCUUAUCAACCCGUGCCAGUUCAUCAAGGCAGAAAGGUUAUCCCAGACGAUUGUCCACCAGCCGAAGCGUGGGUGGAGAACGAGGAAUGUGCUGGCAACGAUAGCAGAACCAACAGCCCCGGAGAGAACCGGAGGCUUCUUGGCAACAAACCAUCGUCACGGCUGCAGGCUGGCUUGACUCUUGGAGUGUGGAAGCAGUCAAAAUGCUCUCUAAGCGUGAAAGCUGUGAAAAUAAAACCAAAAAUUCAAACGAAAUUCCAAAGACGGAAAGAGAAACUGCUAGAAGUUUUAAGACCACCAUACUUCAUUCUCAGCAUGAUAAUUUUCAUAGUGCUGUUGCAUUUGUGUGGUCCAGAAGAAUUAAAAGGACGAUUGGAAUGGUCUCCUGGAAGCUGGCUCCAGGAACCAUGGAGGCUGAUAACGUAUGGCUUCAUCCAUGCCGGGACCACGCAUCUCGCCCUCAACGCUCUGGUAGCACUUGCCGUGGGUUGGCCACUAGAACGUGAACAGGGCUGGGCUCGCGUGGCGCUGAUGUGGUGUGGUGGGGUCGCCGCCGGAGCUCUCGGGGCUGGUGCUCUGCAACCCAGGGUCAGAGUAGUGGGAGCAUCAGCAGCUGUCUACGCUUUGCUCACAGCUCACCUACCGAACGUGUGCUUAAGGUUCGGGUAUAUACCGCUGUGGUGGUUUCGUCCACUGAGCGUGGUAGUUCUGGGCACGUCUGAGGGCUGCUGGGCCAUGCUGAGGGUAACCGAUGAGGAGACCAACUACAACCACGUGGCGUGGGCGGCACAUGUGCUGGGCGCUGCAGUCGGAGUACCACUUGCUUUUCUUGUAUUUAACGGUGAAAACAGUUGGAAACGCAGCAUGAUAUGGUGUCGUUUGGUAUCUGUCCUGGUGCUAGUAUUGGGCGUUGCAGCUGCAGUCACGUACUUUAAGGUGUGGAACCCAAUUGACAAUUACACCUGACGAAGGUUCUGGAGCCAAGGCUAGAAGAUUCUAGACCAGAUACAAGCAAAGAUACCAGAGCCAUUAGCUUGGUAGGUGCUUAAUUGUUCCGUGCUUUCGAAGGAACGUUAAUCGAUCGACUUAAAUGUUUGCUACGUUAAAGCAAUGUUAAGGUUUAAUCUUGUUUAGAGUUUCUUAAUACGGAUUGACUUGAUAAAUUUAACCCACCCGAUCAUCUUGAGGUUAUAGAGAAGACAGUUGACGAAACAAAUUCGAUUGAUAUAAUGGUACAAAUUUAAAGUGUUCAUUAUACAAUGUUUUCCAAAUUAACUUUGACAUUUGAUUCGAAUAUUUUUUGAGUCUAUUUUACGGAUUCUGUGAUUGGAUAUGGUUUUCAUCUAGCGUUAAAACUUUUAAAUGGAUUUUAGCGUUGUCUGUUUUGAUCAAAUUAUUAUAAUAAUAUCUGGCAAAAUUUAUAUUAGUGUUUGAUUUUGGGAAUGAGUAUUAAUUGUUGAUCAAUAGUUAUAGAAUUCAACUAUUAAAAUAUUUCAGAUUAAUUCUUAAUAACGUUUGUUUUUAUUUGAGUUACAUGUUACUAUGAAGAAAAUUUGCUAUGUCUUCCUGUUAAAAAUUGUUGUUCCAGUGAAUUAAGCGUUUUACAAUAUGUAUAUCUCUAUGAGAGAAAGUUGUGAUAUUUAACUACUGCCAAAACAAUUGUAACAAAAUUAGAGAUUUCGGCAAUUUUUGUACUUUUUAUAUACAAUAGAUAAUAAUGUGACAUGUUGCUCUUUGUAAAGAUUAGGAAUACGUUUGAUAUAAUACAAUAAUUAGAAAAGGAUUAAUGAAAAUAUCCUUACUAUUGUUAUAUUGUAAGUAAUUAAUUUUAAUUGGCUCUUGAAUGAGUUCAUUUUUUCACUGGAAGAUGAACCGAAACGCACAAUAUCCCAAUCAAGAGGAUUAGUGGCAAGCCCAGUAAAACUAUCUACUGACAUUUAAGGGUGCAAAUCACUAGAUUUGCCAGCUAGGCUCCUGUAAUUCCUUUGGUUUUGCAGGAGAUUAUGGACAGCGGUUAUCACUUAAAAUCUGCCGUACGGUCAUUUGUUUUCCUCUUCCAUAAAAAGAGAUCCGGUUUUCAAAUAUGCGAGCGUCAUUAAACUGAAUAACAACUAUAAAUAGACAAUUGUUUAUGGAAGACAAUCGAAUGUACAGAACACCUGAUAAUUAGUAAGUGCCCAAUAUCUCACGGCACCAGAUUAGCCACAAGAGAGUUACUGGCCUUUCAGUAGUUUUACGACAGCUAAUGUUUCUAAAGCAACAGUUCUGUUCCAAUGUCAGGCCAAUGUAACAUGGAUGCCUCAAUUAAUAAUGUGUACAUCCCCUUAGAAGGCCUGCAACACACUUGUGCUAAUGCUUACCGCUAACAGAGGCGUCCCCAAUGAGCAUGAGUGACGGUGAUCAUAUUUUACCAUCAGGAAGCCAUCUAGCUCUCGUUACCUCCAAUUCCAUAAAAACGCGUUGAUUAUACACCAUAAAUAAAUUCUAGCAUUUUUUUUAGCAGAAAUUCAACCACGCAGCUUGUUUUAAUUUAUAUAUUUAUUUACAUAUAAAAGUUGCUAGUUGCCACCGCGAUGAGGUGUCAUCACCAGUUAAAUCAACAAAAUUUAUUAAAUCAAGCGUGUUUUAAAUACAAUAUAUUGAACUUUGGGUUGUAAGGUUACUCCUUGUUUUUUAGCUGUAGAAACAUAAUCUCAUUAUGCACGAAAGUGAUUGUUAUCAAAAUCCAACAUUUAAAUGCGUGCUAUUACUACAAACGCUUAACAAAGACUAAUAGAGUUGACUACAGCUGGCCACAAUUGAGUUACAAACAAUAAAGGUGAGACCUCUUCUCUAGUACAUACGUAGUAUAAUAUUAUAUUACCUCAAUAGUUCUAUCUGUAACGAUCUUAGUUUUAAUUAUGUCACAUUCUUAGAUUAAGGAAUGGUCUCCGCUGCGCUCCAACUAGAACCGACUUUACCGGGGGCGUAGUAUCAAAGUACGGCAACUAAUACUACGCCCAAGUGGGCAAUCUCGAGCCAGUCUCAAUGUCUCAAUGUGUGACGUUGACAUGCCACAGGUUCUGUUAAACUUUCCUAACAAUUGAAACUAAAAUGCCGGGUUGCUUAGUAAAACUUUGUAAAAAUAAUACUACAAGAAAUAAGAAAGACAUGUAUCAUCAGUAAGUAAUUUGUAUUUUAUUAAUUUCAAUGUAAAAUAACACGGAGCGUAUGUGACAAAAUUUAAAAGAAGCCAUUGUCAGUGUCAAGAUCACACACAAGCAUCUAUUAGUUGCCGUAAUAAAAAUGCUAAUGUUCUUAGGUAUCUAGUUGGAGCGCAACGGAGACCAAUCCUUAAUCUAAGCUCACAUUAUUGUUAUUCGAUUUAAGUCAUGUUAUUUGGAUUUUAACAAUAUCGUAACCAAAGUGAUUAUGAAUCUAGUCUUACUAGAAGUAUUAAUAUAGAUAGUUUUUAGCGUAAUAAAUACUCGAGCGAGCCGAUAGGUUUCUACAAAUAAUAUUGAAAACGCAAACAAAAGCUAACUACUUCAUUAAACUAAAACUAAAUUGUCAUCAAUGUCUGAUGUUACUUCAUUUCAUAUAUUGAGCCCAUAUUGCAUUGUAUAAAUUAUGAUUAGGCUUUUUAAAAUGAAAUGGAAUUUAACACAUUAAAAAGUUAUUCGAUUAGCCGGUGAAAAUCGUUUAGCAAGUAAGCUGUAAUUAACUGAACAUUGUUCACUUUUUCGAACUGCCUUGUAUAAUGUCAGAAUUUAUGUAAAUAAAUUAAUUAUAAGGAUUUAAGCCGGUGACUAUCAUUUUGAUUCGAAUAUCAACGAAAUUAUUAAAAUAAAUAUUCAUUUAUAAUCUCAUGAAUUGAUUUAAAUGUGUGGCAGUAACGGCUAUCUAAAUAAAUGUAUUGUAACUUUAUUGAAAGUUGUUCAUUGUUUGCUGUUAAUAUUAUUUGCUGAUCUUGUCGGCUGAUGUUUAAAUAGUCUUCUAAUGUUAUUAGAUAGUGUAAGUGUGUAGGUUAAUCUGUGAUAAUAAACAUAAUAUCAGUUAAAACUUGUCUUAUCUUGGAAGUUUUUUGUGUACAUAUCAUUGAUGAAAUAAAAGCAUUGAAUUCAUAAUAA